GUGGAGCCGUCUUGGCUGAUCCUAGACCAGUUUGUGGUGAGCGAGGUGCAGAUGGUGUUCGGCCUGGACGCGCUGCAGUCCUCGCACCCGGUGUCGAUCGAGGUCGGCAACCCGGAUGAAAUCAACGAGAUCUUCGACCGCAUCUCCUACGCCAAGGGCGCCUCCAUCAUCCGCAUGAUGGACCACUUCCUGACGACGCGCGUGUUCACCACGGGGCUGACGCGCUACCUGCGCGCGCGCUCCUACUCGUCGGCGACGCAGAACGACCUGUGGGACGCGCUGACGGAGCAGGCGCACCGCGACCGCGCGCUGCCCGCCGACGUGACCGUGCGCGACGUCAUGGACACGUGGACGCUGCAGACGGGCUACCCCGUCGUGACCGUGACCCGGAACUACGCCGCGGGCUCUGCCCGCCUCGAGCAGAGGCGCUUCGUGCUGCGCGGCAUGAACGCCACCCAUGGGACGGACCCGCUUUGGUGGGUGCCCAUCACGUUCACGACGCAGGCGUCCCCCGACUUCCAGACGACGCGACCCAGCCACUGGAUGCGCCGCGAUCGAACCCUCGCGCUCGACUCGAUCGGCGCCGACGCCAACCAGUGGGUCAUCUUCAACGUGCAGGAGACGGGCUUCUACCGCGUCAACUACGACAAGACCAACUGGCGGCUGCUCGGGCGCGCGCUCCGGGACCCGGCCGCGCUGCGGGUGAUCGCCGCCACCAACCGGGCCCAGCUGUUGGACGACGCCAUGAACCUGGCGAGGGGCGGCGUCCUGGACUACGAGACGGCCCUGGACGUCACCCGGUACCUGCGUUACGAAAAGGAGUACCUGCCGUGGAAGGCCGCGCUCAACGCGCUCGGCUACAUCGACAGCAUGAUGGUGGACAGCGGUCACUACGAUAAGUUCAAGACGUACGUGAUGAGCCUGCUGCUGCCCCUGUACACGGACGUGGGCAUGCGCGAGCAGCCCGGCGAGCCCCUGCUGCGGGUGCUCACCCGGGUGUCGCUCAUGUCCUGGGCGUGCAACUUCGGCCACGAGGACUGCGUCGACACGGCCUUCGACAUGUUCUCGCAGUGGCGCAGGGCGGCCGACCCGGACAAGGAGAACCCGAUCCCGGCCAACCUCAAGCCCGUCGUCUACUGCACCGCGCUGCGCAAGGGCGGCCAGGCCGAGUGGGACUUCGCGUGGGAGCGCUACCUCCGCACCAACGUGGGCUCGGAGAAGGACCUGCUCCUCAACGCGCUCGGCUGCACCCGGGAGACGUGGAUCCUGGGCCGCUUCCUGGAGCGGGCCAUGACGGACAGCUCGGGCAUCCGCAAGCAGGACGUGCCGCGCGUGUUCAGCUCCGUGGCCGGCAGCGUCGUCGGCCAGCCCCUCGCCGUGCAGUACCUGCGGGACAAGUGGGAGCGCGUCCUGCGCUACAUCGGCACGUCGACGUUCAUGAUCAACAACCUCGUGCGGAGCACCUUCAAGCGGAUCAACGGGAAGUACGAGCUGAUGGACCUGAAGCGCUUCGCCGAGGACAACAAGCGGGAGCUGGGCACGGCCACCAGACAGGUGAUGCAGUCCAUCGAGCAGGCGGAGGCCAACAUCGAGUGGAUGGACAAGAACUUCAACACCAUCGUGUGGUGGCUGGGCAACACCACCGCCUCGAGCUAAGGACGGGUACAAGCGGGAGCGGGGCACGGCCACCAGGCAGGUGAUGCAGUCCAUCGAGCAGGCGGAGGCCAACAUCGAGUGGAUGGACAAGAACUUCAACACCAUCGUGUGGUGGCUGGGCAACACCACUGCCUCGAGCUAAGGACGGGUAUUAUGCCGCGGAGGCACGGGGAAGUCGCGACAUGCAAGUGAUUUGCUUAGGGAGGGGUGUUGUCAUUCACUGCCCUGGUCCGUAAUCUCCUUUUUUUCGGACAGAUAGGAAGUGAGGCGAUGUGGGCAAAGCCGGUUCAAGUGGAUACAAGAGAUGAUUAACAAUGAUUACAAUGUAGUGGGUACUAAGUCUUAAAGCAGCACCCUCUACUUGUUAUUUUCUUUUCCAUCCGCCUACUAUGGUCAGCUUUACGUUGUUUAUGAGAUCAGAGCCACAUGAGUGAUAAUUAUGAAUACAAUAACUGAAUUUUUUAUCGGUUAUUUGCCUUGCCAAGUCAACAACUUACUUAUUACUACAAUUAGUUAUAGAAACCAAAUAUUUAAUUUAAACAUGAUUAGAUGUGUUGAAGCAGGCUUUAAUGCAGAAAAGAUUACCAAAGAGUUAAUAAAACCUCUUAUCCUAUACCUUGUAAAUAAUUUUUAAAGAAAUGAUUUUGUCUGCACAUGUAAAUAAAUUCCCUUGUUGAAUAUCACAAUAACAUAAUAGCAGUUAGCUCUCUUAGCUCUUUCAGUGCGGAGCAUAGAUCUCUGUUUUUUUUGUUUUAUCGGUUUAAAUAUUUUAGAAACUUCUAAUGUAAUCUAAUUCUCUUUGUGCUUAGAAAUUAAAAUUAUUUAUUGGGUUGUUGAGAACUUUGUAGCGUAUAUUUAAAAUAAAUGUCUUACUCAACCAA